GCCGGCAAGAGCGACAGGCAUACCGCGACGCGGACUACCGUAUCAGUGCGUUAAUUAUAAUGUCUAUCGAGUGAUUGAAAUAUUUCGUCGGCGUCGCAUAAGUUAACACGCGUUUCUCCGACAGAGUCGUGUCCAUCGCGCGAGUGUCAGUGCAACCACUGAGUGUCCAGAGUGCUAAGACGAAGUGGCAGAAUCCGAAUGCCAAGACGAAGGAUGCGGACAACGAUACAUUAUUUAUUUGCAGAUCUGACAAAACAUACAGGAAAGGCAGUUCUUAAGGACGCGAUUCAAAGCGAACGGAUUCUCAGCGAGGAUUCUAAGAGCGCCUGGGAAGCAUGCACGUCAUUGUCUCUACUUCUCUCGAUUUUUUUUAUCGGAGCUAAAAAUUCACGCUGCGUGUUCGCACCAGGAUUGUCAUAUUCAAGCCACCGUGAACCAGCGGGAGCAUACCGAAGUUCACAGGAUCAAGCGGGCUAUGCAGAUGCAAAUUCGAUGCAAUUCGAAGGAAGCAGAGACUGCAGAUGCAGUACCGGAGUCCCGGUUCGGGCCGAGCAGAGUCGGCUUGAAGAAGUGAAAGGCAGAACGUGGCCGGCUCUGAAUUGCGACAUAUUUGUUCCGGCCGCGACGUCGACAGACGCGCGAAGGAUCGUCACCCAUGGAGCGACAUCCGUAAAUCGAUAUGAUUUACUCUCGCGGAUGGCGAGCGGGCGAUUGUCCGCGGGACAGGGUAGUGCGACGCGGGACGAGUUGGCGGACGACAACAUUUUUCCAGCGGCGAGCGAGCAAUAAGCCGGAUGAAGCGAACACACCCAUUUCCUCCGACCGAUGCACUUCCUUCCGCUAUUUCGAACUUUCUCCCUUGUGGUAUUUUUCCCUCCCCCUCUCUCUCUCUCUCUCUCUCUGUCCCUCUUUCCCUCCUGUCGUUUUUCCUCUCCUCAGGUCGGCGAUGACGCCGCCGCCGUCGUCAUCGUCGUUGUCGCGGCCGACCCGAAUCUCAUCGGUCCGGCUCGCACCGCGUGAAUUUCCACGACAAUGAAGGCUCUCACUGCGGCUAGGUGCGCGGUUUUCGGCGAAUCUGCGAAAAAACCGCACGCCGACCGUGAACCCGGCCCGGCGGAAGAUUUUCAAGCGAUUAAUCGGCGUGCGGUUUGCGCCGAAACGAGAACGAUAACAGGUUGGCCGUUGUCUGAAAAAAGAGGAAAGCACGCCCGGUGUUUUGACCGUUCUUGUUUCCAGCCGACACCCGAUAUUUUUGCGGCGUUACAGGAGCCGCGUGAGAAAUUAACCGCGGCUAGCAAAGGUCACGGCAAUUGAACGUAUAAAUUCCGAUAAAUUGGUGCUCGCGAUAAAUCAAGUUUUCCGAUGUGACCGCGACGAAUCGCCGGAUUUCAUCCCUUACCGACUCGCUGCGGCACGGCAGAGAGCCCUCUUACCGGCGUUUAUGAGGGGGAUGAAAUGAAUUCGGGGUGGCCGCGGAAGGGUCGCUGCCGUCGGCGAAAGAGCACCUAAAAAGGACUCGUUAACUUCUUUAUACUUGCAGUAUAAUUUAUAUAUUCGUAUCUCUUUUAUUAAAUACACGUGAAAUUAAUUAUAGAUUUAAAUCGCCGGAAAUUACGAUCCCUUCGCGUCGUAUCGCUUAAAUGUAUAGCUGAACCAUUCGUCGGAACGAAAGUAAAAAAAUCGAAUAUUCUUAGUAGUGGAGAUAAAUCAGAAUAAUUAAAAUAAUAACACAAAAUGUCGAAAUGUAAAAUUUUUAUACGUGUUAUAUCGUGUAAAAUUUGCUUAAAAAGCGAUUUCCAUGCUUCUUUGCAUCAACGAAUAUAUAUGAUGCUUAGAUAAAACAGGUAGAUAUCAAAUUAUGCAUUAAUGUACGUUCUGGAACAAA